CCGUUCUGUGGGGGAGCACCGCCCCGGCCCAGCCCCGGCCCAGCCCCGGCCUCGGCCCUCCGCGCGCCCUCCCGGAGCCGCUGCGCGCCCCAGCGCCGCCUUCCCACUCUGCCCCCGGCCCCCCAGCCCGCACUCAUGGCCCCGCAGCUGUACCACAAAGAGUUCGCCCGGGCCGGCCUCCAGCCGGGCCUGCAGGUGUGGCGCAUCGAGAAGAUGGAGCUGGUGCCCGUGCCCCCCGAGCAGUACGGCAGCUUCUACGUGGGGGACGCCUACCUGGUGCUCUGCACUCGCCAAGGGACCCGCAAGGACCUCUCCUACCGCCUGCACUUCUGGCUCGGGAAGGAAUGCACUCAAGAUGAGAGCGGAGCGGCCGCCAUCUAUACGAUGCAGAUGGACGACUACCUGGGUGGGAAGCCCGUGCAGAGCCGAGAACUGCAGGGUUAUGAGACCACUGACUUUGUUGGCUAUUUCAAAGGCGGCCUGAAAUACAAGGCCGGCGGCGUGGCGUCUGGAUUCAAUCACGCCAUUACAAACGACCUGUCCGCCAAGAGACUGUUUCACAUCAAGGGCCGCCGGAUGGUCCGAGCCACGGAGGUCCCCUUCAGCUGGGCCAGCUUCAACAAGGGAGAUUGCUUUGUCAUUGACCUUGGAACGGAGAUUUACCAGUGGUGCGGCUCCUUCUGUAACAAGUUCGAGCGCCUGAAGGCCAACCAAGUCGCCAUGGACAUUCGGGACACCGAGAGGCAAGGACGGGCCCAGCUGAGUUUCGUGGAGGACGGCUUUGAGCCCCCGGAGGUCCUGGCGGUUUUAGGGAAGAAGCCGGAGCUGAGGAAGGGAGAGGAGGAGGACGACGUGGUGGCUGAUUUCAGCAACAGGAGGAUGGCCAGGCUGUACAUGGUCUCGGACGCCUCGGGGGCCAUGCGGGUGUCCAUCGUCUCCGAGGAAAACCCCUUCUCCAAGUCGAUGCUGCUCUCGGAGGAGUGCUUCAUCCUGGACCACGGGGCGGCCCGGCAGAUUUUUGUGUGGAAAGGCAAAGACGCCAACCCCAAGGAGAGAAAGGCGGCCAUGAAGACGGCCGAGGACUUCCUGAGGCAGAUGGAUUAUCCCCCCAGUACCCAAAUCCAGGUUCUCCCAGAGGGAGGCGAGACCCCGAUGUUCAAGCAAUUCUUCAACGACUGGAGAGGGACGGACGAGUUUGGCAAGGUCUACACGGACAGGGUGGCCAGGGUCCCGCAGGUCCCCUUCGAUGCCCAGAAGUUACACGAGUGUCCCAAGAUGGCAGCCCAGCACCACAUGGUGGACGACGGCUCUGGGACCGUGGAGAUCUGGCGAGUGGAGAGCACCGGCCGGGUGCCUGUGGACCCAAAGACUUACGGAGAGUUCUAUGGGGGGGACUGCUACAUCAUACUGUACACCUACCCCAAAGGACAAAUCAUCUACACCUGGCAGGGCGCCCACUCGACCAGGGAUGAGCUGACCGCCUCGGCGUUCCUGACCGUUCAGCUGGACCGCUCUUUGGGAGGGAGGCCAGUGCAGGUCCGCGUCUCCCAAGGUAAGGAGCCGGCGCACUUGCUGAGCCUGUUUAAAGACAAGCCCCUCAUUGUUUACAAGAACGGGACGUCCAGGAAAGGGGGCCAGGCCUCCCCGGCCCCCACGCGCCUCUUCCAAAUCCGUCGGAACCUGGGCUCCAUCACCAGGAUCGUGGAGGUGGACGCGGACUCGGACUCGCUGAAUUCCAACGACGUCUUUGUGCUGAAGCUGCCGCGGAAGGACGGCUACACCUGGGUCGGGAGGGGAGCCAGCGAGGAGGAGGAGAAGGGGGCCCGGUACCUGAGCGGCGUGCUCCAGUGCCAGACCGCCAGGGUCCCCGAGGGCCAAGAGCCAGAGGAAUUCUGGGCCGCUCUGGGUGGGAAGAAAGCGUACCAGACUUCGCCCCUGCUGGAAGCCCAGGUGGAAGACCACCCGCCCCGGCUCUUCGGCUGCUCCAACAAAACCGGCCGCUUUCUCAUCGAGGAGGUGCCGGGAGAAUUCACCCAGGAUGACUUAGCGGAAGAUGACGUCAUGCUGCUGGACGCGUGGGAGCAGAUAUUUCUUUGGAUCGGCAAAGAUGCCAAUGAAGUGGAACGAACAGAAUCCAUGAAGUCUGCCAAAACCUACCUGGAGACGGAUCCUUCUGGGAGAGACCAGGGAACCCCGAUCGUCAUCGUCAAGCAGGGGUACGAGCCGCCCACGUUCACAGGCUGGUUCCUGGGAUGGGACGCGAGCAGGUGGCAGGAGAAUUCCCGGUCAGUGUAAACGUCCCCGCCGCCGGCACGAGUCACCUGGAUUUGCUGCGUUCUGUUCCCCCAGUGAUGGCAGAAAGGGCGGCCCUCAGACUGCCAGCCUGGGGUUGGAGCCUUUCAAGGGCAGAUGAUGCUCCCCAGUGCUACGGGAUCAUACGGGGACUUUGGGGGUGGUGGGGUGCAGGGGGGCAAAGGCAGGCCAGGGGGCUCAUGUUCUGAGACCGGUCCAGGAGUCUCUCUUGUCACUUGUCACUUCACUGCCUCCAAAUCCUUCCCCGGCAGCCCCCGAGGAAUGGAGCCUGUUCUUUGUGCCCGAGGGGCUUCAUCAGGUGGGAACUAGCCCUGCCUGUGUCCAUCAGGAAGCAGCGGGGGCAGCUUUCCCAGGUGACUUUUCCUUCCCCAUAGAGAAAAAUUCUGCCAUAGGAAGUGCUUAAUCAGGCUUGGUUGAAUGGAAUGCUGCUUGGGAGAAUACGGCUGGGGGAAGACCGAGUUCAUUAAGAAGCUUAGGUUCUUUUUCUUUCUGGAAAAUUAAUUUCUAUGUAAUUAUGCCAAACAUUUUCUAACAAGAAUAUCUUUUUCUAAUUUUUCUAAUUAUUCGUCUAAUUUUCCUGGGCUUUAAAAACAAACUUCAGUCUUUUCAUUUUUAAGUCAUGACUUUUUAGUGAAAAAACAAAAAACAAAAAAAAAAAGAUUUUGCUUUUUGAACUUGGAAAUAUAUUUAGUCACACAGGAUAAAAUCUUGAAUAAGACUUUAAAUAUUAAGAGAAACAAUUGCUAGGAAUGCCUUACAUAGUGACAAUCAGCUCCAAUUGUCCUCAGCUUAUUGUGCUAUUAAAUGUGUUUAAAUAUUUAAGCACAUGAAUAAACAUGAAUAUUAAAUCA